AUGUCUUCGUAUGUUAUAAAAACAACGAUUGGAAAUGAAGUUGAUAAAUUUAUAAAAGAGCUGACUGGCGAUGAAAGUGCCGAUGAAGAAACAGAAGAUAUUGGCAUUUCUGCUGAAGAUGCACUUGCUGCCCAAAAGAGACAAGCAGCUAUGGAAAAAGAGCGCCAAAUAAGACAAGCUAAGGUGGAAAAAGAACGUGAAGAAGUAAGACAAAAAAUUCGUGAUAAAUAUAAUAUCAAAAAGAAAGAUGACCUCUCUAGUCCAACUCACAGUAAAACGACGAAGAUCACAACAUCGAAUGAAAACCAAGCAAGUGAAGUGCAUCAAACAUCAAGUGUAGAAAAUCAGGGUUUCGAUCCAGUGAAAAUGACGACAAACGCUUUUAAUAGUUUAAAAAACAAAUUCGGAUGGAAAUGA